GCUUGCCUGUAGAAAGACUUCGACCGAGUAACAGCGCGCUCCCGCAGCUGCGCGUCGCUUAUUUGGAUAGUUUAGUAACCAGAAAUCCCCCAUGGGAAUAAAUCCGUGUUAUUACACACGUAUGGACGACGGAGAGUGAAGCAUUCGGAAAACAUGGACGCGACUUUGAAGUACAGUUUUUGUCACGACAUGUUGGAAUCUUAAAAGUGGGUUCCGGUAGCGAUAUUUUUUCUGUCAGGAAGUUUGACGUAUUCGGCUGAAGAUUAUUUCUUACUUUGUUUUGGUUCGGGGGGAAAGUUGUGGACUGUAGUUGACUAACCGCGCGAUGACUCUGUGAUUCUGAGAAAAGACUGCGUUCUCUUUCACGUUAAAGUCAGUUUGGAGCUCACACGAAUACUUAAGGAACCGUAGGCUAAUAUAAGAGUCCGAAGCUGCAAAGUUUAAACAUCGAUGGAGUUUACCCAACUUCGCUUCGCUUGACAUCAUAAAUCGAGGUUAUGUGUAUAAUAAAUGUAUACAUGUAUUUUUUCUGCCAGUGUCAUUUCAGUCACUUUUUGCUAAAUGGUUGAACUCCAUCAUGUCGCGAGCUAAAUCAAAUUGUCCUUUUUUAUAGGCCUAUAUGCAUUCUUAUAUGGUUAUGAUCAUAUUCAAGCUGCAAUGCGAUGCAGUUUUAUGCAAAAGUAAAGAUAUCUGCAGCCUAGACUGUUUUGGACUCUAACCCUGGCAACACAGAGAAGGAAAAUCUGCAAACUUAGCAGGAAGAGAGACUAUCAAAAUCACGGAAAUCGUUCGGUCUUUUCCUCUGGCGAAGCCGUUACUCACAGAUGGAUUUCAUACAGGCCACACGGUUAUUGUUACACCUUGUUUGGUAGUUUUUUGUUCGUAUUUUAUGGGAUACAUAUCCCUGUCCUGCAAGCCCGAAAGCGUUGAUAACGUGUGUGGCAAAUGUGAAAAUGUUUUGGAAAUUUAAGUUUUUCAAAGAUCCGAGGCUGCAGUGGAGCAGAAGUUUGUCUUUGGGCCACAGCUGGAGCAGCCUGAUGUAGGCUUUUUUUUUUUUUCCAUCGGAACAAUUUCUCUGUAAAACGCACAGCUGUCUGAUGUGUUUGUUUUUACAACUUGAAAAUUAUCCGUUUGUCUGAGUGCUUUAAUUUCCCGUUGAAGAAGACGAGUUACCUGGGGGGGUCAGCCCCGCCAUGGCGCCCCCGCUCUCACACACACUCUCCGGUGUGUCGGUCUGAGGGCACCGAUGGACAUGAGCAACGGCUGGACCUACUGCGUCAUCCCUGCCGCGAGACAUCGGUGACCGGAGUCGGCUGCACGCGGGAGAAGCGGUCUUGUCGUGACGAAGGUCGUCAGGCGACAGGCUGUGGGUCGAUUGGCUCACCACAGACAAGUUUCUGAAGACUGGUUUGUAGAGCACGUACGCAAACAUCGCAGCAAUGAAUGAGAGGCAGGCUCUCCACUCUAUAAUGAAGGACCUGGUUGCCCUUCAGAUGACGCGGCGCCAGCCUGUGUUGUCGUAUGACAGCGGCAAACCCAAGACACCGGCCCCGACCAACAGACAGGACGAUGUCAGGAUAAAGUUUGAGUUCUCAGGAGAGAGGAGGAUCCUGAUGUUUGGACGGCCUGUGCAGUUCGAGGAAAUCCAGCAGAAAGUCAAGACUGUCUUUGGCCAGCUGCUAGACCUGCAUUAUAUGAACAAUGAGUUGUCCAUCCCUCUGCGAGAUCAGGAUGACCUGGACAAGGCGAUCAACCUGCUGGACCGAAGCUCCAACAUGAAGAGCAUCAGGAUCCUGCUGCUCACUCAGGAGCACAGCAAUGCCUCCUCCCCCUCCCACCACGUGCCGUGUAAGCAGGUGAGGAUCAAGUCCUCCCAUUCUACUGGAGACGUUAGCACGGUGUACCAAUCCUCCGAGCCCAGGGGGCGCCACCUAUCAACUGGUUCUCAGAACACGGGGCGUAGCUCGCCGCCUCCUGGCUACGUGCCCGAACGCCAGCAGAGGAUCGCCCGCCAAGGUUCAUACACCAGCAUAAACAGUGAGGGGGAGUUCAUCCCCGAGACCAGCGAUCAGUGUGUGCUGGAUCCCUGGAGCAGCGCAGAAAACUCUGUCUCUGGAAGCUGUCAGUCUCUGGACAGUAACUCAGACAGCCCCUCACUGAGGAAGUCUCGCAUGCACAGAGCCAAGAGUUACCCUGAUAAUCGCCAGGAGUGCUCAGACCGGGAGAAUCAUGUGUAUGACAGAAUAGCAGGUAAAGGAGGCACCUAUCCUCGUAGGUACCAUGUCUCCCUGCAUCAUAAGGACCACAGUGAAGGCCGUCGGACAUUUCCGCGGAUCCGUCGCCCCCAGGGGAACCUGUUCACUCUGGUGCCCUCGCGCCGGUCGCUCAAUGGCAGCGAGGAGAGUGUGGGCAGCUGGCAGCUGGUCGACGCUCAGGGCAGGCUCCGUCCCCAAGAUCGUACUGUCGCGCAUAAGUCGCCCAGUGCUCCAAUGACGUGGCGGCGGGGGAAGCUUCUGGGCCAGGGAGCGUUUGGUCGGGUUUACCUGUGUUACGAUGUGGAUACUGGGAGGGAGCUGGCUGCCAAGCAGGUCCAGUUUGAUCCUGAGAGUCCUGAGACCAGCAAGGAGGUCAGCGCUUUGGAGUGCGAAAUCCAGUUGCUGAAAAAUCUGCAUCACGAGCGCAUUGUUCAGUACUACGGCUGUCUGAGGGACCACAAUGAGAAGACCCUCACUAUUUUCAUGGAGUACAUGCCGGGAGGUUCAGUCAAAGACCAGCUAAAGGCCUAUGGGGCGCUGACAGAGAACGUGACCCGGAAAUACACAAGACAGAUCCUGGAGGGCAUGUCCUAUCUGCACAGCAACAUGAUUGUGCACCGGGACAUCAAAGGUGCCAAUAUCCUGCGGGAUUCAGCAGGCAACGUGAAGCUCGGAGAUUUUGGUGCCAGCAAGAGGCUGCAGACCAUCUGCAUGUCUGGCACCGGCAUCCGCUCUGUGACCGGCACCCCCUACUGGAUGAGCCCGGAGGUGAUCAGUGGAGAGGGCUACGGCAGGAAGGCUGAUGUCUGGAGCCUUGGAUGUACGGUGGUGGAGAUGCUAACAGAAAAGCCUCCGUGGGCUGAAUACGAGGCCAUGGCGGCCAUAUUCAAGAUCGCCACUCAGCCCACCAACCCACUGCUGCCCUCGCACACCUCCGACCAGGCACGGGACUUCAUUAGCUGCAUUUUUGUGGAGGCCAAGCACAGGCCCAGUGCUGAGGAGUUGCUCAGACAUCCAUUCUCCCAGAUUAUGUGCUAAAACCUGCCUGGUUUUCUGAACUUUAACCACAGAGCAGUAUCUGUAGCUUCCUUGAAACCCAUCCGUGGCAGAAAUCUGGACAUGGAACUGGUCUGGAAGUCAGAGUUAAACCCACUGAGCCUCUGCCACCGUUCAGAUGCUCCUCUCACACAAA